AUGUCCACAUCAUUAUCAAAAACUUCCAUAAAACGCAAACCGCUUCUAAUUGUAUUUUAUUUUCGUAAAGGUGAAAUUCCGGUUUCACCUCGUGUAACUCGACAACCAAAACAGAAGAAAAAUAUUGUGAAUAAUAAAACUGAUGAUCUACCUGUAGAUUCUUCUUCUCAUCUUGAUGCAGUUUCAUUCGAUAGAUCAAUAUCAAAUGAUAUAAUUGAAAAUACAAAUAUGCUGAAUACCAGCGAAAAUGUGCUAUCACCAGAAGGAAAUGAAUCGUCAUCAGAUGUUGCACAUAACGAUGUUUUUGUUCAUAUUGAUGAUGUUGUACAUGAUGAUGUUAUUGCACAUGUUAAUGAUGUUGCAUAUAUCAAUGAUGUUGCACAUAAUGAUGUUAUUGCUCACAUUGAUGAUAUUGCACAUGAUGAUGUUAUUUUAGGUUUAAAUGAUGUUGCACAUGAUGAUAUUAAUGCACGUAUUAAUGAUAUUGUACAUGCAACAACAGUUGAUCACUACAUGCAUGAUAAUGAUUUGCCGGAACAUAUACGUGCAUUACAAGAAGAACGACAAAUAAGCCUGUAUCACUUUAACCAGAAGAUAAAAGCAGCACGAAAAAGAAAAAGAAGGCUGCAAAAAGAAAUAAAACAAUUAAUUGAAGAUAAAGAAGAACAGGAUUUGAAACUUUGGAACGAGAUCAAUGAAGAAUACAGAAAAUGGAGGAACACUAAGCCAAUGAGAAAAAAGAAAAAAAUAAAAAGGAUUGAUGUGAUAUUUGGUGGUUUUGAAAUUGAAGUUCUUCUUUUGGUUUUCAUUGUUCCUGUAUCUUUUUGUUGUACUGUUUAA